ACAAUGUUACUUUCAGGUUCUCGAUUUUACUCUCGUAGAUUACUUAUUCGAAACCACUUUCAACGAGCAACCUUUGCUACUGCUACUUCUCAAAACCAUCGCUACAUUAAAGAUAAUUGGGAGGCCAUUAUUGGCAUUGAAGUACAUGCUCAAAUAAACUCAAAUACCAAACUGUUUUCAGAUACACCAACUUCAUUCAAUGAUCUUGUUAAUACAAACAUCUCGACGAUUGAUGCUGCGUUUCCUGGAGUUCAACCUACAUUGAAUGGCAGAUGCGUAGAGCUUGCAGUAAAGACUGCUUUGGCAUUGGAUAGUAAGGUCCAAUCACUAUCUACCUUUGACAGAAAACAUUACUUCUAUCCUGAUCUUCCCCAAGGCUAUCAAAUCACACAGCAAAGAGAACCUAUUGCUAGAGGAGGCUCUAUUUCUUUGACUCAACUAGAUGGUCUGGAUGAGCCAAUCAAGGUUGGGAUCGAACAGUUACAAUUGGAACAGGAUACUGGAAAAAGUAUGCACGAUAUGCGUCCGGGCUUUACACUUCUUGACCUAAACAGAGCUGGUACAGGGUUAAUGGAAAUUGUCACUAAGCCUGAUAUGAGGUCUUCACACGAAGCAGGUCUUUUAGUAAAAAAGCUACAGGCUAUUCUGAGAAGUGUCGGAUCCUCUAAAGCAAAUAUGGAAGAAGGAUCCAUGAGAUGUGAUGUUAAUGUAUCUGUCCACAAAAUUGGAGAACCAUUUGGAACCCGAUGUGAACUCAAAAACUUAAACAGUGUCCGUUUUUUGUCUAUGGCCAUUGAUGCUGAGAUCAAACGUCAAAUAAUAGCCAUUGAACAAGGAGAAAUUAUUGAAUCAGAAACAAGAGGAUAUGAUGUGUCAUCUGACAAAACAUUCAAGUUGAGAGGCAAGGAGUCAGCACUUGACUAUAGGUUUAUGCCAGAGCCUGAUCUUCCUCCACUCAUUCUUUCUUCUGAUUAUAUUGAAAGUGUUGGAUCUACACUUCCCGAACUUCCUGACCAGUGUAGAACACGCAUUAUGGAGCAAUAUGAACUGUCACUUACAGAUGCAAAUGUGUUAUUGAAUGAAUCUGGUAGCCUUGUAUUUUAUGAAAAGGUGUGUAUAGGUCGAAACCCUCGAUUUGUAGUCAACUGGACACUACAUGAACUUUUUGGCCAACUGGCCAGCCGCAGUAUUCCUUUUCAAGAGAACCCAAUAUCUGAACAGCAGAUGGGAUCUCUUCUUGAUCUAAUCCAAAAUGGAACAAUCACUGGCCCUACAGGAAAAAGUGUUCUCAAAGUAAUGCUAGAAGAGCGUUCAAAUGAGAUGCCUAUGAAAAUUGUAGAAAGUAAAGGAUGGGCGCGCAUGGGUGAUAGUGAAAAAUUGAAAACUUUGUGCGAAAAUCUUAUUAGCCAACACGUUGAAAAGGCAGAGACCAUCAGAAACGGCGAGCCAAAAAUGUACAAUUGGUUUAUUGGCCAAUUGAUGCGUGAGACUAAAGGUCUGGCUGACCCCACAGAGCUCAACAAUGCCUUGUGUAAUGCCCUGGGCUGUAAACUUGAAGACAUGACCAGUGCUCCAGCAGGAGGUUCUGCAAUAAAGAAGACAAAAAAGUCAAAAGGGAAAAAGGGGAUGUAAAAUUGCAAGAAAAAUAUAGAUGAUUAUUGAAUUAACCAAAGACAAACCUUACACACAGAGAAAAAUGAAAUUUCAAUAAUAAAGUAUUGAACUAUG